AUGCGGGCAUCUCGAAAUAUCUACAAAGAUGACGUCGAUUUUGCGACUCUAGCUCGGCACUCACCUGAUUUUGCUAAAUACUUGAAAUCAAAUGGCCAGCUAGACUUCAGCGACCCAAAUGCGGUUCGACAAUUGACCAAGAGUCUCUUGCGGCGAGAUUUUGAUCUGACUGUCGAUAUCCCGGAAAACCGACUGUGUCCGCCGAGGAACAGGAUGCUGCAGCAUAUACCCACUGCUCGGCUGCGCUACACGCCCACAAUGGAAAUUCGUAGCAACAGCCUCGAUUACACAAUGUGCAACCCGCCAUUCUACACCUCACGCGAGGAAAUGGUAGCUUCCGCCGAAGCCAAAGAGAGGCCACCGUUUUCAGCAUGCACAGGAGCAGAAGUAGAAAUGGUCACACAUGGAGGGGAAAUCACCUUCGUGUCCGCGAUGAUCGAGGAGAGUCUACAACUCCGUAAACAAGUCAUCUGGUACACGUCCAUGCUGGGAAGGCUGAGCAGCGUAUCUGUUCUUGUGGAGAAACUGAUCGAAUGCGGGAACCGCAAUUACGCCGUGACGGAAUUCGUCCAAGGAAGCAAGACGAAAAGAUGGGCGAUAGCCUGGUCGUGGUCUGAUCUUCGCCCGACUGUGAGUGUUGCGCGAACCAUCUCCAACUUCCCAAAACACCUUCUUCCGUUCCCCGCUGAAUACACAUUUGAUAUCCCCAAUGGGUCCAUCGACGUCGUAAGUGAGAAGCUCGACGCGGAGCUUUCAUCGCUUAAUGUCCAGUGGCUGUGGCGGAAGAAUCUAGCUACGGGCGUGGGUUUCGCCAUGGAAAAUGUCUGGUCGCGUCAGGCGCGCAGAAAGAUGCACAGCGUCGCUGGGUCCACGAACAAGGUAGAAAUCGAGGAGAGUAAAGCCGCGCUUGGAUUCAAAGUGCAGGUGAGGAAGGAGGGGAUUGAAAACGAGGGAGUUAGGGUCUUGGUGCGAUGGCUUAAAGGGAGAGAUUCUGUCCUGUUUGAAAGUUUUUGUGGGAUGGUGAAAAGAAAGCUGGAAGGGAAAUAG